CAGUUCCCCACAGGUAGUCCACACAUCAUUGUUCAGCAAUCAGCAAGACCAAACCAGUUUGUCCAGAAGGGGGCACGGUGGAGCCUCACUGCGGCAGCGGCGGGCAAUGGUGAUUUUCCUGCUGUUUUGAAGCAAGAGCCAGAAGGUGAAUUGCCUCUUUCCCAGGCCAGCAGCAGCUGUUGCAUUGGUUUUUAAGAAGGGAAGCCAUACCACGUCGAUUAUUUACAUUCCAAGUGACCUGGAGUUGUUAAAUCAACCAGCAGAGCUCUCGAAAGCCCAAGACUACAUCCGGGACAACUGGGCAGCAGUGGAAUUGACAGCGGUCACCAUUUACCAGUGUGGUCUGGGCUCCUUGUCGUCCUCCUCCUGGCUUCUCCUUGAGAGUCAUCAGCGGGGUUCAAACAAGAUUUGCUGGUUCCUGAGCUCGGUGCCAACAACAUGCCCAAGCAGGUGGAAGUGCGGAUGCCCCACAGCCACCUCAGCUCGGAGGAGCCGCCCAAGCACCGGAACCUGGGGCUGCGGCUGUGCAGCAAGCUGGGGAAGAACCUACUGCUCACUCUGACGGUGUUGGGUGUCAUCCUGGGGGCAGUAUGUGGAGGGCUUCUUCGCUUGGCAUCUCCUAUCCACCCUGAUGUGGUUAUGUUAAUAGCCUUCCCAGGGGAUAUACUCAUGAGGAUGCUAAAAAUGCUCAUUCUCCCUCUAAUCAUCUCCAGUUUAAUCACAGGGUUGUCAGGCCUGGAUGCUAAAGCCAGUGGGCGCCUGGGCACGAGAGCCAUGGUGUAUUACAUGUCCACCACCAUCAUCGCCGCCGUCCUGGGCGUCAUCUUGGUCUUGGCUAUCCACCCAGGGAACCCCAAACUUAAGAAGCAGCUGGGGCCUGGGAAGAAGAACGACGAAGUGUCCAGCCUGGAUGCCUUUCUGGACCUUAUUCGAAAUCUCUUCCCGGAAAAUCUUGUCCAAGCCUGUUUUCAACAGAUUCAAACGGUGACGAAGAAAGUCCUGGAGGCGCCUGAGUCUGAAGAGGAGAGCAAUGUCACCACCUCUGUCGUCUCCCUGCUGACCCAGACUGCGACAGAGGCACCAGAGGAAAUGAAGGUGGUUAUCAAGAAGGGUCUGGAGUUCAAGGACGGCAUGAAUGUCUUAGGUCUGAUAGGGUUUUUCAUUGCUUUCGGCAUCGCCAUGGGGAAGAUGGGCGAGCAGGCCAAGCUGAUGGUGGAAUUCUUCAGCAUCUUGAAUGAGAUUGUGAUGAAGUUAGUGAUUAUGAUCAUGUGGUACUCCCCGCUGGGUAUUGCCUGCUUAAUCUGUGGGAAGAUCAUUGCCAUCAAGGACUUAGAAGUGGUUGCUCGGCAACUGGGGAUGUACAUGGUCACCGUGAUUGUGGGCCUUAUCAUCCAUGGGGGCAUCUUUCUCCCCUUGAUUUACUUUCUAGUGACCAGGAAAAACCCUUUCACCUUUUUUGCUGGCAUUUUCCAAGCUUGGAUCACUGCCCUGGGCACCGCUUCCAGUGCUGGAACUUUGCCUGUCACCUUCCGUUGCCUGGAAGAAAACCUGGGGAUUGACAAACGUGUGACCAGAUUUGUCCUCCCGGUCGGAGCAACCAUUAACAUGGACGGUACAGCCCUGUAUGAAGCAGUGGCUGCCAUCUUUAUUGCCCAAAUGAAUGGUGUUGUCCUGGAUGGAGGCCAGAUUGUGACCGUGAGCCUCACGGCCACACUGGCAAGCGUCGGCGCAGCCAGUAUCCCCAGCGCUGGGCUGGUCACCAUGCUCCUCAUUCUGACAGCCGUGGGCCUGCCAACGGAGGACAUCAGCCUGCUGGUGGCUGUGGACUGGCUGCUGGACAGGAUGAGAACGUCAGUCAAUGUUGUGGGUGACUCUUUUGGGGCUGGGAUUGUCUAUCACCUCUCCAAGUCUGAGCUGGAUACCAUUGACUCCCAGCACCGAGCACAUGAAGACAUUGAAAUGACCAAGACUCAGUCCAUUUAUGACGACAUGAAGAACCAUAGGGAAAGCAACUCUAAUCAAUGUGUCUAUGCAGCACACAACUCUGUCAUAGUAGAUGAGUGCAAGGUCACUCUGGCAGCCAACGGGAAGUCAGCAGACGGCAGUGUUGAGGAAGAACCUUGGAAACGUGAAAAAUAACGAUGUGACACUCAGCAAAUUCUUGAAUAAACUCCCCCGUGUAUCUCAUGGUAAAAGAGGAUAUAAACAAGCUUUCUUUAAAAAGGAAAAAACAAAACAAAAACACCUAUAUUUCUAUGUUUACUUAAUCUGUUAGCCGAGGCUUAGAGGACCUGUUGUGAGUCAGUGAUAGGCAUGGUGCUGUGUCUUUGCCAAAUAAUGCUUCGUAACCGUCUGAUGUUCUCAUGUGUGUUACUGUCGGAAUGGAUGCUGCCAGAGGAACCGCUUGAAUUGAAGACACAUUCUUGCCAGCUUCCCUUUUCUCUCAAGAUACAGGACCAUGGAUGCUCUUUUCCCAGGGGACGCGACUCAAGCUGUGUGGUACACUCCAGGGACUUGGGGUAAUGAGCAGAUACACAGUGUGUUGUUUCUCCAAGUAUUCUCCAUGCUUCGCCUUGUUACGCACAAGAGAUUCUGUUAGGAGCCUCUAGAAGUAAUUCUUUUUCCGUGUCUUGUAGGGUUUGCCCACGUGUUGAUAAAAGCAAGUACCUGUCUUAGGGAACUGUGACAAUUUGUCUUCUGUCUGCUCUUUUAGCUCAGUGUUUCAGAGAGCAUUGCAGUGGGAACGGACCUGUGGAAGGCAGCUGGUUGUGGAGGCCACUGAGCCUCUGCUCUGUCCCACCUAGUCUGUGGACAUGCAUUAUUGAACUCUCAGAGUUUGCUGCGUAAUUUGCUCUAAAUUUGAUAAUGGGUUAGAAUAUAAUUUGUUCAGAACCACGGUAUACAUUGACAAAAGUAAGAGAGCACAGUCAACAUACAUGUUAAUCAGAUUCAAGUAUUCAAAUUCAUUGGCCUUUGGUUUGUAGUCAUCUUGUCUGUGUGAGAUCAUAUUAAUCUCUGCUUCACUUUCUUUGUUUUACCCAUAAAAUUCUUGUUUGGGUUUCUAACAAAAAGACACUUUUUGAUCUCCAAAUCAUUUCAGUCAUAUACCCAGUAAACCAAAAGGCCUAAUCAUGGUGUUCUUCUUACACAUGGAGGACAGUUUUGUUGCCUGUGCCUCUUUUACUACUGUCUCUUGAUAAAAACAAAAGACUGUCAUUUAUCUAAUAUGUAGAAAGCUUUUGUUAUAUUACAUCAAAGCACAUAAAUCCAAUUACAGGACACGUUGGAAGCAAAGCCAACCUUCCUCCCCAGUCUUCUCUGUCAAAAAGAACAGAAAACAACGUAUGUGCAAAAUCCUUAAAAGGUGCCAUUCCCAUGGCAAAGUCAAGGCAGCCUUGAACCAUGAAAUGGGCACCACAUAGAUGGGACCUUUUCAAGGCUGUGAAAGUUUGGGGGAAUAAGUAAUAUAAUAGGAGCAGCACAGUGCCUUGCAUGCUGUUGUCACCCAACGAAUCCUGAAUGAUUGUGUAGGUUAACUUUUUCAGUGUCUCUACUAUCAUUUUCUAGUGAAUAACACACAGUAUUUUUCUAAAGUUUCUGGCUUUGGGAGUUUGCUGAGGACUUGAGCAUGAAUCCCUGAGAAAUAAAGCACAUUGGAAGGAGUGUGUAGAACUUUGGUUCACAUGUGGGAGGCAGGUGGUCUUCUGAGGCCAGCAGAUGGAUGGUGAGAUGUUGAUGAAUCAUGAUAGAGUCUAAAUUCUCUAAAGAAAGGAUAUUUAUAGCCACCACAUACCCUUUAUUACCUAGUUCUUGUGACUUUUCUCUUCCAAAUCAGACACCUUUGGAAUAUACAGAUGUUUCCUUUUUUUUUUUUUUUUUUUGUCUCCUAACCCCUAGUUAUUUUUGGAUAAGGAUCAUUAUUGAGCAGUAUUAAGCAGAUUUUGCUUUUAAAGAAUGGCAUUGGUCUUGAUUUUCAUUAGCUGGACAGGGAGCAGGGUGGCCCAGGAUGUGCUGAAAUGUAGCUGUGGGAAACGUAUCCCUUGCAGCAGACACUGUGGGUCAGGGGGACAGUUCUUGGGUGCAGCUGUGAAACUGUUAAGGCUUGUCUAUAAAUGGGACUUAUGGAGAGGAGAAGGAUAUGGGCAAGGCACCUAGGAGUUUGUGGUUUUGCUAUUUAAGGCCAGCUUAGCACACGUGUACAGGCUGACAUGUUUCUUGAUAGAGCAGUCUCAGGAUUAUCUUCCCAAGAUGCUGCCUAGAUGUCUUCUCUGUUUGAUUUGUCUUCAGAGUUUUCCUCAUUACCCAGUGAGAUCAUAAAUGUCUAAGUGCACAGUUUAACAAAGCAGGUAUUUCUGGUUUGAGAUUCUAUGCAAUAGAAUAGCUCCAUGAAAAUACACGUAGGAGAGCAUAUUUAUCUAGAUUCAACAAAUUAUAUUAAAAAUUAAUACUUUUUCAAAUUCAAGACAAGCCUGAAAAUCCAGAAUUAUAUAGAGCUGACAUAUGACUCUGUCCUUUAACUUUUUUUUAGGCCUCAUUCAUUCUUCUCAUGCUGUGCCCAUUGGGGUUUUCCUUGCCCAGGAUAUGUGCCAUAAACAGAACAAAUAGAUCCAGAGUAUACCUCUAACAACCUUUUCUAAAUAGGAUAUGUGUGAUCUUCCAGUGAUAUACAUAGAUUUAUA